CCUGCCACGGGAGCAGGAUACUCCAGAUGAUCCUGUGCAAGGCAAUGCUUCAUAUAUGAUCCGUUCGAUCCUGUCUGUCUUCCUUCUUCCUCUUGUUCUCCACUCGACGUCGACUAUCUUUUUCGCAGCUAAUAAUUACUCUCUUUUAUCGCCCAACUGGCUUGGCUGCUUACAUUCUUUUUUGUAGAUUCUUCGUUGUCCACUUUAUUGCAGUCUUUAUAUUGCUCUUCCAGCUAUAUUCCUCUCGAUCAUCCUCGACAGGAAAGACUAUAUAUUCUACCGCAGCUCCGGACUGCCCUUUUACACACUUGGGUUCUCAAAACUAGCUGGCUCUACAAGUCUGAUAUUACUAUAUACUUUCAGCAACAAUUUCAAUUCUUCACGAUCAACGACCGUCAUGCCUUUAGCAACGAACCAAAUGAACACUUCUGCCCAUGUGGCCCGGUCCAACUACUCCCCGGUGGAUGCCAUCAACCGACACGAUUUCGGCGUUCAGAAGAACAGAAAGCAGGCAUCCACUGGCGGUGGCAGAGCUUGGAGCGAGGAUGAGGAAGUUUAUCUUCUCCAAACUCGUCUCCAGAAGAUGCCCUACAAACAUAUUGCCGCUCACCUGAAAAAGACUGAGUUGGCUUGCCGUCUUCACUACCACCAACUUUCUCAUGGGAGCAACCGCCGCAAGCGUAGCGACUCGGUCGCCUCCAGUGCUGAGACUGUCUCUCACUCACCCAUCAUGAACCAGUCCAUGCCAUCGCCGAUCAACGAGAACGACCCCGUCACCCCACCAACCUACAACUACUCUCCUCGGUCUCCACAGCACGUUCAGCUUCCCGCUGCAUCGACCCUCCUCCCUCGAUCCAACUCCAACAGCCCUCCCCGCAACCUCAGCCACCCAGUUGCAAUCCUCCCCAAGCCAUCUCUACCCCGCCGUGCACUUUCCGACUCAGCCCAGGCGCCCCUGCGCCUCGACUGCGAUGUUACCACUUCUCAAUCAGCCAUGACCAACGUUGACAAGGAGCGUCUCCGCCACAUCUACGAAGCUCACCGUGUCUCAUUCUGGGGUGUCAUCGCUGCCGAAUACGGACAGGGAGCUUCACCACUUCUUCUCGAGGAGACUUGGAAGCGCGGAAUCGUUACCAAUGCUCCCCCUACUCCGUGCGUCUCGCCAGAUACCCACACCGCCCCGAGCGGAGGCUAUCAAGGGUACAAUACGAAGCCAAUUCAUCAACUUCCAACCCCUGUCCAAGAGACCAAGAACAGCGCUACAAGCAUCUCAGCCUUGUUAGGCAUUGAUGCCAGCCCACGUAGCCCGAGGGAACGGGAGAUGAUCAAGCGCAUGGAAGAGCGACGAGAUACCAGAGAUAUUGCAAUGGCCGGAGUCGAGAUGCAACGACACGAAUAAGAGACUUCACACUUCAUGAAUUAUUCUCAGCUACAGAAUUUUAAUUGAUGAAGGCGGAAUUUUGGAUUGGGGGGGGGUUUUUUUUGGAGUGAAGGGCUUGGUGGGGGAGUUGUUUCGGGUUGGGUGAAUCAUGGGUUUAAUGAGUGAUGGUGGAAUGAUGGGAUGGGCUGGUCGGGAAGAUUUCAUUUCAUCAAAACGCUCUUUCGUUCCACGUGUGAAUGACUAGCGCUGAUCCUUUUUUGGGAUCACAAGUGUUUUCGGAAUCAAGGCAAGGCGAGAAAAGGAGGUAUACACAUGUAAGAGUAUUUGGUAGUAAGUCGUUUUCGUCGAGUCGAGGUCGAGUGUCGGGAGGCAUGAAGGCCCCCAAAAAAUCAAAGAUACGUCCUUUGAAAUCUACCACUGGCAUCAUCCUUCACAUGAUUCGAGCGCCUUGAGAAAUAACAAACGAC